AAACUCCAACUCAAAUUUCUUAUCGAUCCUUAUCCAUACUUUGCAACAUCAAGAUUCAAAUCCAGUUUAAAUCUCUCAUCCUGAAAUCAAAUACAGACAUGGGAAUCAGACUACCUUCACUUCUCCUUAAUGCUAAGCAAGUUGUAAGAAUGCAGACGGUUUCUUCAAGAAGCCAAUGUGGUGUUCCAAAGGGUCAUAUUGCAGUCUAUGUGGGGGAGAUUGAAAGGAAGCGGUUUGUAGUUCCGAUAUCAUACUUGAACCAUCCUUCUUUCGUAGCUCUACUCAAGACAGCUGAAGAAGAAUUUGGAUUUAAACAUCCAACCGGAGGUUUAACAAUUCCUUGCAGAGAAGAUGCCUUCCUCAACCUCACUUCUAGGCUGCAUACUCCCUGAAAGAGAGGAAAAACGAUCCUACACACAGUUUUGUAGAAUUCCUUUCAUUUUUUUCUUCUUUUUGUCACAGUUGAGGAGUAGAAUGUCAAUACAUAGUUAGUCCAAUUUGACGAAGAAGCAAAAGUUGAUUCAACAUCAAUGUACAAUUUAUAAUUGCAGAGAUGUAAAUAGAAAUGGAGUCACAUUUUCUUAUAAAAAA